AUGGUGGUGGCAGUAGCAAUAUAUUCUUACACCACUGAUGAACCAGAUGAAAUAAGCUUCACUGAAGGUGCAGUUAUAACCAAUAUUACAUUUGAAUCUGAUGGUUGGUGGCAAGGCACAUCUCCUGAUGGAAGCAUAGGGUUGUUUCCUG